AUGGCUCAAACUAAGCCGCCGAAGCCGUUAAAAUUAAACGAAUUGUUGAUUCAGAAUGUGAAUACUUGGGGAAAUGUGGAUUAUAAUAUUCCAUUGCGUCUAUCGAGCAAUGAAACCAGAACAGCUUCCAGUAUUGCCCAUAGACAUAUCCCUGCUAUUCCUCACAGUUUGGAUUGUAAAAUAGACGAUCCUCUACCCGAACGAUGCACCGGUCGAGACAUGGUCGUCGAAAAGGAGUCAUACAAAACAACGACCGGGGAAUAUUGCGUCAAGCCGAACCCCAACAAGGCUAUGGAGAGAGCUGAUUGUUCUAUUAACUGCCGAAGAGUUAUAUUUAUGACUGGCGUUGAAAAACGGCUCCAAUCCAAGAGCAUAGUUCAACCAAUCAUGAUCUCCGAAAUGAAGGAUAACUUCAGAGGUCUAACUAAAACUCCAACCGCACCCCCCGAAUUGACUGUUAAGGCUCCAGACCCUGAGUAUAUUUUUGACGUAGUAGCGUCUGGAAGAAACGAAGCUCCCGUAAUCCCAGACAGUGCUGGUGGGUUCAGAAGAUUGUUGGAUCCAUAUGUAUCAACGUAUCGCGCUUAUCACAAACCAUUUUCAGUGGAGGACCAGUAUGGUAUUGGGGCUAAAGAUCAAAUCACAUUUUAUUCUGAGUUUAAUGUUCCUAAGGUGCGAGGUUUCGGUCCAAGACACAAAGAGAUAUGGAUGCCACUGACAGCCAAGGUCCACAGGGGCGUCUACGACAGGAUCCACGUCAAAAAGGAGUAUAAGGAAGUGGCGGCCUGUCACAACCCUGUCAAUAAUAUAAAGGGAGUCUUUGAAUCGGAAACAAAGAAGAAGUAUCGAGUGCCGUUCGCGAUCUCUUCUCUAGCGUCUUGGGGUCACGGAGAGUCCUUCGACCUCGCACCGUUCCCCCCUAACCCUUACCAGACCAACCUCCCCCCAUUCAUGUAUUGUAGCGACUACUGCCACAUCGCGCAGGGCACACCGCCGUAUACUGUCGUAGAUCAGUUAAAACACCCAAUGAAACCUCAUAACCGUUGUGCAAAGAGGUUUAUUGUGUCUAGAGAUUUUUAA